AUGGAAACAGCAACAGCGGUAACAUCUGGUGGCGGAAGUACAAAGGCGAAUCAUACGAUUUUUGCAUCGCAGUCAAAUUUGCUUACUGAAUCCCAUCUUUGUUUUAAUAAGGAUCAGUUUAGUCGGACGGAUUUCAAUGUGGAAAGAUUCCUGAAUUUGGCUCGACGAAGAGCUAGUCUACAGCAAAUUCAUAAUGAUUUACGAGUUUAUCUAAAAAUUGUGCAAAAUUCGAUGAUCGAACUCAUCAAUGACGAUUAUGCCGAUUUUGUAAAUUUAUCAUCAAAUCUUGUAGGAUUGAAGGAAACAAUUGACAAACUGACUAAUGAUAUUGAGACAAUAUGGCACGAUUUCUGCAGUAGUACACAGACUGUAAAGCAAUCUGCUGAAUUCACUGAACAGAAAACGACCGAACUUAUUGAAUGUCGAAAAGCGCAGUGUGAAAUUCGUGCGCAGAUUUUUUUGAUAAAAUCAAUCGAACGGUUAGCUGAUAAAAUUGUCAGUUGUCCAAAACAGAUAGAACAAUUUUGGUUACAAAGUUUUGCUGAUGCAGUCGUUGAUGUAGUUUUAUGGUUUAGCAAAGUGAAUGUUAUUGAUGAUAAGGUAGCGGCUGCUUGUACUGUAUGUUUGACUCGUGUUCGUAAGCUAACAGAGCAUUGGCUUGUACAAGAUCUCAAAGGCGAUUGUCGCUUCAUUGAACAAAUCCUUGGUAUAAUUACAUUGAAUAAGAGUACUGAUUCAGCUGUUUCUUAUGUAAUGACAGAAAUUAUUGCUGAACGCAUUGGAGAACCAAGAAGCAACCUCGGAGAUUUUUUGGAUGAGAUAUAUGCAACAAUUCGGAAGCUUCGAGAAGAUUGGUUGCAAAAAAUGGAAAAUAGUGGUGUAUCGUCUGCAAAUAUUUCACCAUUUCUGGACAAUUGCCUUCUCACUUUUAUUGUUUCAUCCCUUGAUCAGUACUUUGGUUCUGUCGUUGUCCCAAGCGAUAAUCGUCUUUUUCAUCGAUGCUAUAAGAAAACUUGUGAUUUUAUUAGUAACUGGCCUGAUGCCGCUAAGUCACGUACUGUUCUUCGGAUGAUACGUAAUAGAUUCAAUCUGACUGUGUAUUUCAAGCUGGAGACGCAGCACUUUCUGUCACAGUUAAAGGAACAGCUUGAUCCUUCCGUUAUUAAAUUAACUGCUAAUGAGGAAAAGGAAGAAUGGAAAGAAAAAAUCUUUUAUAAGUUUUCGACACUUGUUGUCGACACUUUAGAAAGAAUUUGGUCCGAUGAAAUUUACCUUCCGAUUUUAAUUGACAGAUUUUGGGAUUUUACACUUAAAGUUCUCAUCAAAUAUUUGGAAUGGAUCGAAGGAAUUAAGAAGUAUUACUGGGUUGACAAAAGGGCACCUGAAGAUUUUGAAAUUUGGCGUAUGUUUUGUACUCUCUGUGCUGAUUGUGUGACUGUUGAUAGUCGAACUUUUGGAAUAGCAUUGUCAUCAAUUUGGCCAAAAAUUCGAGAACAUGAGUUGGACGUGACAAUAUUUGGACAAUGUUUAUCGAUUUUUUCAACUAAAAUAACUGAAAAGACGCAAGAAUUCGAGAAAUUUAUCGUUGAAGAUGCCGUUAAAUUGUUAACAAAAAUUUUAGAUGGUGUUUGUGGGAUUCCUCGCCAGUAUCGCUGGACGAAAAAGCCUGCCCCAGUUGAAAUAUCACCGUAUGUCAGUGAAACAUCGGCUGCACUGAAAUUAUUUAAGGAUGAAAUGAAUCAUUGUUGUUGGAGUAAAGAAAAUGUUACAUCUGUGCACAAACAAAUAGUUGCUGAGUCGCUGGAGAUAUUUUUCGAGAAGGCGAAGGAGGUUCUCAAAUCUGUCGAACAAACGGAAACAAGUUUGCAGCGUUUUAAGAGAAAGUCAUUGGCGAUAAAUGAGAAUAAUGCUGAUUCUGACGAAAAUAAAAUAAGACGACAACUGCUGUUAGAUUUGAAUUAUUUCAAAACAUUGGCAGUGUCAUGUCAGAUUGAAGUGUCAAAUCUAGAAACGCUAAUGCUGCUUGCAAAUCCUCCAGCAGAAACGAUCCAAAUUUCCAGUGUGACUGAAUCAGUCUCUGUUAGAGCUGACAUUACAGAAGAAGCAUGA